AUGGUCAAGCAAUUCGGCAAUGUCUACUUCAUCGCCGCCAUCUCCAUCAUCGGAGGUGGCCUGUUCGGUUUCGACAUCUCCUCCAUGAGCGCUAUGUAAGCCUUCGCACUCUCUAGAUUUGACUUCCACCUGACACGGCAACAGCAUCGCCGGCAAGGGCUAUCUCUGUUACUUCAACCAAGGUCCCAAGGAAUGCGUCGGCCCGAGCUCGAGCACACAGGGCGGCAUCACUGCCUCGAUGGCUGGUGGUUCGUGGCUCGCCUCUCUGUUCUCCGGUAUCCUCUCCGACUCAGUGGGACGCAAGAAGGCCAUUAUGUAUGUGAACUUUUCACACGACACACUUCGAGUCUACAAUGCUGACUUCUUCAAAGGGUUGGCGCCGUCAUUUGGGUCAUCGGCUGUAUUAUCGUCGCCUCCUCCCAGAACAUCCCCAUGCUCAUCGUUGGCCGUGUCAUCAACGGAUUCUGCGUGGGUAUCUGCUCUGCCCAGGUACCUGUCUACAUCUCGGAGAUUGCACCACCUUCCAAGCGCGGUCGUCUGGUUGGCGCACAGCAAUGGGCCAUCACUUGGGGAAUCAUGAUCAUGUUCUACAUCUCCUAUGGCUGCAGCUUCAUCAACGGGCCAUCCGCCUUCCGCAUUCCGUGGGCACUGCAGAUGAUCCCAGCCAUCAUCCUGUUCUUCGGCAUGAUUUUCCUCCCUGAGUCUCCACGUUGGCUGGCAUCCAAGGAUCGCUGGGAGGAGGUGCGUGCGGUGCUCGUUCUCACCCACGGUCAUGGCGAUCCCGACAGCCCAUUCGCCGCUCGAGAAUUCGACGAGAUCAAGGAGUGGCUGGACAUCGAGCGAGCCAGCAAGCAAGUCAGCUACUUCGAGCUCUUCACUCCCAAGUACCUCAACCGCACGCACAUUGGUCUCUUCACCCAGAUAUGGAGCCAGCUUACCGGCAUGAAUGUCAUGAUGUACUACGUAAGUCGCAUCUUCUGGCCACUGGCUGUCCUUCCGUAGUCGUGCUGACUUGUCCAGAUUACCUAUGUUUUCACCAUGGCCGGUCUGACGGGCAACACCCUCCUCGUAUCAUCCUCGAUCCAGUAUAUCAUCAACGUCGUCAUGACAGUCCCCGGUCUCAUCUGGAUUGAUCGUGUUGGCCGUCGUCCAAUGCUCCUCUUCGGCUCGACCUUCAUGGCCAUCUGGCUCUUUGCUAACACUGGCCUGCUGGCGACUUACGGCACGGAUCCAGGCCCAGGUGGCGUCAAUGGCAUUGCCGAAGCCUCUGUCUCAAUUACAGGCGCUCCUUCCAAGGCCGUCAUCGCAUGCUCCUACCUCUUCGUCGCCUCGUACGCUCCGACCUGGGGACCGGUCUCCUGGGCCUAUGUACCAGGCAAGUUUCGCAUUCAAAAUUAGCAAAGCUACGAGCUGCUUGAAAUUCAUACUAACCUUUGCCAACAGAGCUCUACCCCAACCACCUCCGUGGCAAAGCCGUUGCUCUCGCCACUUCCGGAAAUUGGAUCUUUAACUUCGCCCUCGGCUACUUCGUGCCCCCGGCAUUCGUCAACAUCAAGUGGAAGACGUACCUCUUGUUCGCCAUCUUCUGUGUAGCUAUGACGAUCCACGUCUUCUUCGUCUUCCCGGAGACUGCUGGCAAGCCUCUUGAGGAAGUUACGGAGAUGUUCGAAGAUCCUAAAGGCAUCAAGUACAUGGGAACGCCGGCAUGGAGGACCAAGGGCCAGUUCAAGACUACCGAGGAGAUGGAGCAUGGACGAGGAUUGGAGAAGAAGAUGAUUGAUGAGACCCCAGAAACGCUUGAGACUGUGGAGCCUAAGAUGGAGGUUUAG